AUGGAUUUAUUAGAUUCAAAUCUUGAUUUAGAAAUUGUUUUUGGUGGUUGCGGAGCUUUAGUGUUCGUCAUCGAUGCUCAGGAUGACUAUAUGGAUGCCUUAAAUAAACUUAAUGUAACUGUUACCAAAGCCUUUAAGAACUCUGGUAUUGAAAAAGCAUUUUUAUUUGAUGUCGUUUCUAAGAUUUAUGUAGCAACAGACAGUUCUCCUGUUGAUAUGCAAAGCUAUGAACUCUGCUGUGAUAUGAUUGAUGUUGUGAUCGAUAUAUCUGGUCUUUAUGGGAGGGAUGAGUUUAUUGGUCUAAGAAGGCGUGGAUUACAGGACACUCAGCCGGAUGACAUCGAGCUGGGUAAAGCAGCUGGCAUUGACAAAAUUGCACAAGAAGAAGAUACGGUUAAAAUGUUGCAGAGCCCCAUCAAGGAAAUUUAG